ACAACUAUAAUCCAACUGCACCAGAAGUGGUGUCAAUUAGGCAGUGCAGUGGGCAGCAGGAGCUCUGAAUUCCAGAAAAGCAACUGAAUCGGCAUAGUGACUUGCCGGGGUGUCUAUCGGAGAAGGAAAAGUGAAUUAAGACAUGAAUACUUGUGUACUUCAUCUGUUGCCUGCUUGUCUCGUCUCUCCUCAAUUGCAAUUACAAACCAGGAGGAAGUUAUUAAACCUUCCUUCUGUCUGGGAAAAACCCAUCUUCAGAUCUCUACAGAUUGUACCCUCUGCCUCUUCUUCUUCGUCUACUUCUUUCUCACCUGCUGAAUAUCCAGCUAAUCCAGAAAUAUCACCUGGGACAAGGCCAAAGCGGAAAAGGCAGAUAGCAGGGAUAGAUCAGGAAGAAUUACAAGACCCAGCUAUUCUAGCAGACCCUGAUAGUUGUUUUUGUGAGUUUAAAGGAGUACAAAUACACCAUAAGAUAUAUGAUGCAGAAUCAGUUGCUACAAACUUUUCAGAAGAAGGAACUAUUUCUCAACCUCCUCAUGCUAAUAAAAGAGUGAAUUUUCCUAUGAUUUUAUUACAUGGCUUUGGUGCCUCUAUUUUUUCAUGGAAUCGGGCUAUGAAGCCCCUAGCACAAAUCACUGGGAAAAAAGUUCUGGCCUUUGACAGACCAGCCUUUGGGUUGACGGCAAGGCUGAAUCAUGUCAACCAUUCAUCUCAGGGAAGUGAAGACACAAGACCUUUUAAUCCAUACUCCAUGAUAUUCUCUGUGUUGGCCACUCUAUACUUCAUUGACUUCUUAGCAGCUGAGAAGGCAAUUCUAGUGGGACACUCAGCUGGUUCCAUUGUAGCAGUUGAAGCAUAUUUUGAAGCACCUGAGCGAGUUGCUGCCCUGAUACUCGUUGCCCCUGCAAUUGUAGCACCCCUGAAUUUAGGGCAUGUAACAAAGGACAAUUCAAGUGGAAAAAGUAACCAGACUGAAGGUGAGGAAUUGGAAGUGAACUCUAAAGGGAAUUGGUUUACCACGGUUUUCAGCAUUUUGUCAAAGGUAUCCCAAUAUCUUGGACAAGCAAUAAUGCGUUUGGUGAAAGGGAUGGGAGACAUGAUAAACUCUUUAUAUAAGAAAGCUUUAUCUGCAUUCUUGCGUUCUGCCGUUGGUAUUAUGUUGGUAAGAAUGAUAAUUGAUAAGUUCGGCUUAGCUGCUGUUAGGAAUGCUUGGUAUGAUCCUAAACAAGUUGAUGAUCAUGUCUUGCAAGGCUAUACAAAGCCUCUCAGAGUAAAAGAUUGGGAUAGGGCUCUGGUGGAGUAUACCGUGGCUAUGCUUACAGAUUCUGCAUCUGAAUCAAAACUACCACUGUCAAAGAGACUAAGUGAAAUCUCAUGUCCUGUUCUGAUUAUCACUGGUGACAGCGAUCGACUUGUUCCGCCAUGGAACUCUGAAAGACUUUCACGGGCCAUUCCUGGAUCUUGUCUUGAAAUAAUCAAGAAUUGUGGCCACUUGCCCCAUGAAGAGAAGGUUGACGAAUUUGUAUCCAUUGUUGACAGAUUCCUUGAAAGAGCUUUUGGGGUGCAGAAAGAGUCUGAUCUGCAACCGGCAACUUGAGAUUGAUACUUUUUCCAGUUCAACUUGGCCAGGAUUGACAUCUAUUGGUGAGCAUUAAGUUUGACACUUGAACUGCCUACUAAAGUUCAUAUAUAGGAAAUCAUUAAGCUCUUCGUCAAUUAUACUCAAUUCUAUAAACACCUAUCAGUGCAUUCCAUAAUAUAACGUAGGUGGCUUAUAGUUGUUUAAGUAAACAUUGAUUUCUUGUCCCUUGAGACAUGUAAAUAUAAUACACCAUGUAUCUUGAGAGUUGUAAAUCUUUACUUCAGCUUAUUACAAAGCAGCUGAAAUCUCUGUUGUUACACAA